UCUGCUCUGUUCUCUCGACAGGCCGCCUAUUUUUAGUCCCCUGCCUCCGAUUCGAUCCUCCACACAUUUUCGAUUCAAGCAAGCUUCAUCGUCCCAUUCUAGCCUUGUACUCUUAACUAAUGGCUUCUUUUGCCUCGAUCCUCGCACUACUUGUUCUUGCGAGCUUAGCUCAAGCGAGCGCGGGAGCAAGACGGUUAACGAGCUUAGUUCAGCAGCCAGCGGAGCUCCUCACGUACCACAAUGGGGCUGUGCUGCAUGGCGACAUCCCUAUUUCCGUCAUGUGGUACGGGGCUUUUAGCCCUUCGCAGAAGGCCAUCAUCUCAGACUUCCUCCUCUCCCUCACGCCCACCUCCCGGACACAGCCAUUAGCCCCUUCCGUGCCCCAGUGGUGGGGCACCAUCGACCGAUUGUACCUGUCCAAAGCCGGGAACAAGAAGAAGACCACCGUCGUGGUCGCCAGCCAAGUGUCGGACGAGGAAUGCUCGCUGGGCAAGUCGCUGAAGAUGUCGCAGGUGUCGGGGCUGGCUGCUAAGGCCGGGCCGAAGAAGGGCGGCAUCGCGGUGGUUUUCACGGCCGAGGAUGUGGCCGUCGAGGGCUUUUGCAUGAGCCGGUGCGGCUCGCACUGGUCGAACAGCAAGUCCGGCACGGCCUAUAUCUGGGUAGGGAACGCGGCGAAGCAGUGCCCGGGCCAGUGCGCCUGGCCCUUCCACCAGCCCCUCUACGGUCCGCAGACGCCGCCCCUUGUGGCACCCAACGGCGACGUCGGGGCCGACGGCAUGGUGAUCAACCUGGCGAGAAUGGUGGCCGGCGCGGUCACGAACCCGUUCGGAGACGGCUUCUACCAGGGGCCGAAAUCGGCGCCGCUGGAGGCGGCCACGGCGUGCCCCGGUGUGUACGCGAAGGGAUCCUACCCAGGCUACGCCGGCGACCUAAAGGUAGACCCCUCCACCGGGGCCAGCUACAACGCGAACGGGGUCGGCGGUAGAAAACACUUGCUCCCUGCUCUGUUUGACCCGGCCACUUCUACUUGCUCCACUCUCGUCUAGACUCUGUUUCCUAAUUUCCAUUCGCCAUUGCUGUACAAACUGCUAGCUAUAUCACAAAUUGUUUUAUUCUUUUUUAUUAGCUAUUAAUAAAAUAAUCUCUAUCACAAGUGCUACUUUA